AUGGCACUUGCCUUGAGUGUUGCCCUGGGUUUGGCCUUGGGUGCCAGCCCAGUGAGCGCUGGUCCAGUGAACGCCAAACCAGCUGGCGGAUUGGACCAGAUUGAGCAUGUCGUUCUCUUCAUGCAGGAGAAUCGGGCUUUCAACCAUUAUUUUGGAACCAUGGCCGGCGUGAGAGGUUUCAAUGACCCGAAUGUUCAGGUCAACUCCGACGGACGUUCCGUCUGGUACCAAACCGUUGACAAAUCCUUGUCCACCGAGACUGACUAUCUGCUGCCAUGGUACCUCAACUAUCUCGGCGGAGACUGGGCGCAGGCAACUCAGUGCAUGGUUGCAGGAUCCAAUGGUUAUGAUGCUAAUCACGCCGCUCUUAAUGGCGAUCUCAACAAUCAUUGGGCCAUUAAAAAUACGCCCUAUAGCUGGGGUUACUUCAAGAGACAGGAUCUCCCUGUUCACUUUGCCAUGGCCGAGGGAUACACUGUCAAUGAUAUGUAUCAGGAAGGUCAAAUGACGGCAACUAACCCCAACCGUGUGACUUGGGUUAGUGGAAAUAUUAAUGCCACUGGUUAUCCUUAUAUUGAUAACAAUGAAACUCCCGGCUGUGAAUCCGGAGCAACCGGACCGUUCUCUUGCUACCCCCUUACCUGGGAGACUACCUUUGAGGUUUACCAGCGCCUCAACGUGACCUGGCAAGUGUGGCAGGACACCAACAACUUUGAUGACAACGCAAAUGCCUGGUUCCAGCAGUAUCAAAACGCACCAGACAACUCUCCCCUGCACGUCCACGGCAACUCUUUCCAGUAUACCCUCGACGACUUUGCUAAGGCCGCUGCCGCAGGCACCCUUCCCCAAGUCAGUAUUAUUGUUGGACAGACUGAAUUGUCGGAACAUCCUCCUUGGCAACCUAAGGAUGGAGCCUGGUUGCAUCAGCAAAUCUUCAAUGCUGUUGUCAACAGCCCCAAGUACCACCAGACUGCCUUGUUUAUCUCUUAUGACGAAACUGGUGGCUUUGGUGACGCUGUUACCCCCUUCCACUCCCCCUCCGGAACCGCAGGUGAAUGGAUCCAAGAUCCCCUGGGAAAAUUCGGCCAAACCUACACCGGCCCUGGUUUCCGUGUCCCCUCCUGGAUUGUCUCACCCUGGACUCGUGGUGGACGAGUCUUUGGCGAGCACUGUGACCACAACUCUCAAAUCCUGUUUGUUGAGAAGUGGCUCCAGGCCAAGGGAUACAGCAACGUCGAGCUCAAGGGUAUGGCUCCUUGGCGCCGUGAGAACAUGUGCGAUUUCGUCAAUGCUUUUGACUUUGCCCACCCUGACUACAGCAUUCCCCAAGUUCCCACCGCUGCUGCUCCCCAUACUGACUCCAAUGGCAACUUUGAUGGAGCAUCUCUCUGUGAAGCAGCCCACCCCUCAACAAGGCCACCAGUGCCAUACGGUAAGCAAACUCUUCAGGAUUCCUUGUACUUCGAAAACGGAUUCAAGAAAGUGGUUGGCUAUUUGACCGAAGGCCGCUAUCUGACCUUUGAACUAAACGGAUACGCUUUGACCAACCCUGGAAAUGGUGACAAGGUUACUACCACCAAGGCAACAGCUGCUCACGACAGCAAGAACCAGCGUUGGGUCAUUCAUGCGUCCAACGGCACUUUCAAGAUUUCAAGUGCCCUUGAUGGACGAUUCAUUGGGGAUCAUGGCAAGGACGGAAUUCAGCUGGGAGCUGCCAGUGAUGCAGCUAGCUUCAAUAUUAGCUUCGAAGCUAAUAGCGGCUAUAGUAUCCAGUACAACGGCGGCAAGUUCUUGGCUGUCAACCCGGCUGGAAAGGUGCACGCUAUUGCCAGUGACAAGGCCCAGUAUGAUAUCUACAGUGUGUCCUACCACAACUAGGCGCUCACUGUAUUUCACAUGAUGCGGAAUCAUUGAGAUAGUAUUACAUACCUCUUUUUGGCCUGGGAACACUCAGACAAUAAAUAGAUAGAAAUCCAAAGAUAGUUCUAGC